CACACCCCCUGCUGCAGCUAUAUAGCUCUCCACUCUCAAAGUCAUUUGAGAGUUGAGGACAUCUUGAAGCUUUUGUCUUGCUCCUGCUCAGCAUACUUCCAGCUCUUCAUCGUUCACUUCAUGGCUGGCACCGCUCCCCUCCUCCUCCACCUCCUGCUGCUCGGAGCUGCAGCUCUGCCCAGCUGCAUCCCAGCGCAGAGGACCCGAGUUCGUCGCCACAACGUAAAAGUCAAGAUCAACGCCACCGGUGACACGAUCAUCAUGAAGUUUGUGCCACAGAAUCCCAACUUGAAGCUGGAAGGUUACAUUCUUGGUUAUGGCAGCAGCCUCACCUCCAAACAGUUCAUCCCUUUGCCUGAAAACGGGAUACCCUACCAGGCCGAGAUGGACGCAGAGCCUAAGUACCUCGUGGCCGUGCAGCCGGUCCUUCCCAACGACGUGACCAAACACUGCACUGGAAAGGUGAACUUGGACAAGCCGCUCAAUCUGGUGAUUGGCACCGUCAGCCCUACGGCCGUGCUGUUGUCCUGGGGGAACCAUCUGAAAAGUUCUUACGAUAGGGACAUCUUGGAUGAUUGCCUGGAGGAUGGUUUCUACACUAUCCGCUACCGGGAGAGAAACAGAAAAUGGAUCUAUCAGACGUGUCCGACAAGCGACACAGUCAUCGACAACCUGACUCCCGACACGCCCUAUGAAUUUGGUGUCCGUUCCAACAAGGAUGACCGCAGUGGUGCCUGGAGCAAAGCCAAGAUCCAAAAUACCAACAUGGCAGCUAAGAAAAUACAGAGGCCACCUAAAUUGCGUCUUCCUCUGUUGAAGCCACUGAACCCUCUCAGGCCCCGUGCUCUAUUCCCGCCGCGACCAGUGAAUGGACACCGGGAUUUUCCACUCAUCAAGCCUGCCCUGUGGACACGUCCUCGUCCAGGCUCUCUCAACAAGAAAAAAAACCUGCUUGGAAAAGCCAACCAAUCAGAAAAGACCAAUGACCGGAAACACACAGACAAACUGGCAGCCCUCCAGCCCAAAAUCCCGGUGGCCACCGCCAAGUCAACGACUGCCAGGCCAACCACUGCCAGGCCAACCACUGCCAGGCCAACCACUGCCAGGCCAACCACUGCCAGACCAAACAAGCACGAACGGAAACACACCACCACUACGUCACCCUCAACGCAAGGCCCUCAACAAGAAUCAUGGGAAAGCUCAGACUUAUUUCAGUCGCAGCCAACCUCAGACGUUGACGCCAUGGGCAAAAAGCGUUACGUGGCACCUCACGUCAUCUACCAAACCGGCAAGAGAGCGGACGAGCCAUGUUCGAUUACAACGUCCUUGAACUUCUUCCCAGAGGACGAGCGCAGCGACGUCAAUGUGACGGCUGUGCCCAAGUCGCCACCCUCCAACCUCACUGUGGUAACGGUGGAGGGAUGUCCUUCCUUCAUCAUUCUCGACUGGGAGAAGACCAACAAUGACACUACAGAGUAUGAAGUCAUUUCAACCACAAAAGGACCCGACGGUGAGAAGGUUUCCAUUUUGACCACCGACCAGACGCACACAGCAGUGGAAAACCUGAAACCAGAAAGCAGUUAUGAAUUUAAGGUGAAACCAAAGAACGACUUGGGCACGGGUCCAUCCAGUGAGCCGGUGUCCUUCAACACCGAGUCAGCCGACCCUCGAGUUAGCGAGAACGUGUCAGGUAAAGAUGCCAUCUGGACGCAGUUCCCCUUCAAGGCAGACUCUUACUCCGAUUGUAAUGGGAAACAAUACAUCAAGAGAACCUGGUACCGCAAAUUUGUGGGAGUCCAGCUAUGCAACUCGCUUCGGUACAAGAUCUACCUGAGCGACUCGCUAAAUGGUAAAUUCUACAACAUCGGCGACGAAAGCGGCUUCGGCGAGGAUCACUGCCAGUUUGUUGAUUCGUUCCUGGACGGAAGAACCGGGCGACAAAUUAGUGCAGGCCAGCUGCCAUCCAGAUCUGGCUUUCAUCGAGCAGUGCGACAGGAGCCUGUUCACUUUGGUCCAAUCGGCAGACAUUCCCACAUUAGCUACGUCUCUUGGUAUGAGUGUGGAACUCCCAUUCCAGGGAAAUGGUAAGUCAUGAUUUUUUGCCAGGUCAUAUUCUGCUCUGGGACAUUAUUUGACCUUUGCCAUGGUGACAAGUGUCGCUGGCUAACACAUGCGGAACUCUAAAAUGAACAACUCAGUUGGACGUUACCUCAUCAAUGUGGAAAUGAAACUUCUAUAUUUGCAAUUUGCACAUCAGAAAUGUCUUUCUCUGGGUACACGGAGAAUUUACUGUCCUGAAAAUGUUGGUAGCUUAAAGCAGCAGCCAAGCUUUUGUAUUUUGCUGCUUUAACUUGCUAAACAUGCAUGUCCAUGUAAAUAGCAGAAUGUUAAAUCAGCUAUAUUGGGUCAGCUUCUCUUGCGGGGUGCUGUUAAAGAUGACACAAUUUGACUGGUUUUAAAUGUGUGCAUUAACAUUGUAAGUCUAAAAGGUGGAACAACAGGGUGCUUUUCUUCUGUAUACAAGUAACUUUUUGCCCAAAAAAUUGUUGGUUUUCCGAAUGUCAUUUGUAUUUACUUGUAAUUGUUCAAGUAUACGUUUUGUGUGUAUAAUGUUAUUUUGAUGGCAUGAAAGCACCGGAAGCUCUUUUCCAAUUUUAUACAGUGUGAAAAUAUGGUUGUGUUUAUAUUUGAACAAAUAAAGACUUCAAUUAUUUUUCA